AUGGUCAGAGUGAACGCAACCUUUGAUUCCUCGAUAACGAAGGUGCGGGGCUACAGUUUAUCUAUCUCUGUCGCUGAUGAGGGAUUCACAUGUAAUAAAUGCAGGGAAAUAGUUAGGCUGACAGAGAAGAUUUCAGAAUUAGAGACACGCAUCCAAACUUUAAUUGAGGACAGUAAGAAUGUUAGGGCUCUAGAUACGGCUUUGGAUGCGUCUAGCUCAGGGAUUCCUAUACAUUGUUCGGUUCCGGAAACAGAGCCCCAGCAGCAGGGCAACUGGGUGACGGUGAGGCAGCGUAGUCGUGGGUCAAAACACCGCUCUUCUGUUCCGAUCAAAACAUUAAACAGGUUCUCCCCACUCAGUGAUGCACCCACUGAGAAACCUGAUGAAAGUGCUCUAGUUAUUGGUGAUUCUAUUGUACGGAACGUGAAUAUAGAGACACCAGCCACCAUAGUCAAAUGUUUACCGGGAGCCAGAGCGCCUGACAUCUUGGCAAAUUUAAAAGUGCUGGCUAAUGCUAAACGUAAAUACAGUAAGAUUGUUAUUCAUGCCGGCGCUAAUGAUGUUCGACUUCGCCAGUCGGAGAUCACUAAAAAGAACAUUAAAGAGGUGUGUGAACUUGCAAGCACGAUGUCAGACACUGUAAUAUGCUCUGGUCCCCUCCCUGCUUACCGUGGUGAUGAGAUGCAUAGCAGAUUGUCAUCACUCAAUGGCUGGAUGUCUAAGUGGUGCCCACAGAAUAACAUAGGUUUCAUAGACAAUUGGACGAGCUUUUGGGGCAGACCUGACCUGUUUAAAAGAGAUGGUCUUCAUCCCUCCUGGGGUGGCGCCACUCUUCUCUCUAGAAAUAUGGCAAAUAGUCUUAGUGUUUAUACUUGACUAACUGGGGCCCAGGUCAGGAAGCAGACAGACUGGCUAAACCGACCGUCUGCUAGCUGCCUCCCGUCACAGAGGUCAGUUAAUUCUCAGCACAUAGAGACUCUUUCACCUAGAUAUCACUCUAUAGAG